CGUUUAGCUAAAGAAGAUGAACUUGAAGGACUUGAUUUAACAGCUCAUGGAGAAGGUUGGGAAGUCGUCGCAUCACGUGCUGUCAGUGAUCUGGUAAAAAAAAUUUUAGAUAAUCAACAUAAUCCUAAUGAAAUGCGAGAAAGUGGUACUUUCGAAUUACAUUAUACUCCUUCUGAUGCAAAACGCAAACCAUUUAAAGUUAAUCUAUCCAAACCACAGAAAACAUCUGAUGAACAAAUGAAUUCUCCGACAAUAAGCAAUCCAUAA